AUGGCUACAAGAACACAGUUUGAGAAUUCCAACGAGGUGGGAGUAUUUUCCAAGCUCACAAAUUCGUAUUGCUUGGUGGCUAUUGGAGGGUCAGAGAACUUCUAUUCAGCCUUUGAGGCAGAGCUUGGAGAUGUUAUUCCAAUCGCUCAUACAACUAUUGCAGGAACUAGAAUUAUAGGAAGAAUGACAGCAGGUAACAGAAGAGGACUUCUUGUGCCUUCACAAACUACAGAUCAAGAAUUAAUGCAUUUAAGAAACAGUUUGCCAGACAAUGUCAAGAUUCAAAGAGUUGAAGAAAGACUUUCAGCUUUAGGUAAUGUUAUUUGCUGUAACGACUAUGUUGCAUUGGUUCAUCCGGAUAUUGAGAGAGAAACGGAAGAAAUUAUCGCUGAUACUUUGGGCGUGGAAGUGUUUAGACAGACCAUCGCUGGUAACGUUUUGGUUGGAUCGUACUGUUCUAUCUCUAACCAGGGAGGUUUAGUCCAUCCACAGACUCCUAUUCAGGAUCAGGAAGAGUUGUCUUCUUUGUUACAGGUUCCAUUAGUGGCUGGAACGGUUAAUAGAGGAUCGUCUGUUGUUGGUGCCGGUAUGGUGGUGAAUGACUGGCUCGCAGUGACGGGACUAGACACCACCGCUCCGGAGUUAUCUGUUAUUGAGAGUAUAUUCAGAUUGCAGGAUGCCCAACCUGAUGCCAUUUCUGGUAAUUUACGUGACACCCUUAUCGAGACUUAUUCGUAA